UGUGCGACUCCACGUCGGCAGCAGCUGCGGGCAAGAUGGAGGCGCUGAUUUUGGAGCCCUCCCUGUACACUGUCAAGGCCAUCCUGAUUCUGGACAAUGAUGGAGACCGACUCUUUGCCAAGUACUAUGACGACACCUACCCCAGUGUCAAGGAGCAAAAGGCCUUUGAGAAGAACAUUUUCAACAAGACCCAUCGGACAGAUAGUGAAAUCGCUCUGUUGGAAGGACUGACAGUGGUCUAUAAAAGUAGCAUCGAUCUCUAUUUCUAUGUGAUUGGCAGCUCCUAUGAAAACGAGCUGAUGCUUAUGGCUGUUCUGAACUGCCUCUUCGAUUCCCUGAGCCAGAUGCUGAGGAAAAACGUAGAAAAGCGAGCUUUGCUGGAGAACAUGGAGGGCCUCUUCUUGGCUGUGGAUGAAAUUGUAGAUGGAGGGGUGAUCCUAGAGAGCGACCCCCAGCAAGUGGUGCACCGGGUGGCCUUGAGGGGUGAAGACGUACCCCUUACAGAACAGACCGUGUCUCAGGUGCUGCAGUCAGCCAAAGAACAGAUCAAAUGGUCCCUCCUUCGGUGAAGGUGUUCCGAGUCCAGUUCCUUGCCCCUCAAAACCCACAUCUGCUGUAACUUCUUAUUCAGGCCCCCAACUUAUGUCCUUAGGGUCAUCUUGGAGAACCGCAAUGGGUUCUUCUGUCUCUAUACUUCCUGGGGCUCUUUCCCCUCCCUCUCAUGAGAGUAGAGUCCCCAGCAGAUUUGAGUGAGUCAGGGGAAACACCCUCUCUCUACUUCCACUUGUCCCCCACCCCGCCCCCACCCCCAUUCUCUCCUUGGUUUCUUGGCCCUUUACUGUGGCUGCACUUCAGAUCAUCAAAGCAGGAGACAGAAUGUGCUGAGUGUUUUCUCCCCUGUGCCUUAAGGGCCCUCAUCCCAGCAGCCCAUACACACAUCCAGCAAAUGGAGGACUCCUAACUUCAGCACAAGUGGGUCUGGAGUGGCAGAGGCCAUACAUCCUUUGCCUCAGCUUCCUUCCUUCCUGCUGCCCUAUCCUCUGCCUUAGGAGAAAUGGAAAUAGCUUGUAGGGAAGGGACAGUGCUGCAGAGGAACAGUGAUUUAAAGGCCCUUGGAGCUUAUGAAGUGCAGCCUCUACCUUGAUCUGGCCUUUAGCCUCAAAGCUGCUGUACCUGCACAUGGUCCUGAGAACAUCUCUCAAGGUCUGUACCACACCUCUCUGCCUGUACCACCUGUGAGAUCUUUGCCUGGUGUGGCCUCUGUCACUCUGGAGCAAAGCCAGACCUUGGAACCAAAACUACUUUAGUCCCUAGAAAAGUUUCUGCUCAGAACUGAGGAUGGAAAGGGCCGGAAUGACGUUGGCCUUGCCGUGUUCCUUCCCCUCAGCACCACACUCACAUAUUUCUCUGCUUUGAUUCUACAAUCUGUUGUUGAGUUCCCCCUCUCCGCAUCAGUCUUCCCUGGAAAUGGAGGACCUGGUGCAGAACCUUUCCUCUGAGGUUUGGAUUCCCGUUCUUGGGUGUAAUGUUGCUCCUUGACCCCAUAUCCCUGUGAAAAUGACUUAGAAAAAAAAAAAACGUUUCUGAGCAAGCAUUCUGCCCCAUGCACUGGCUGAAGUGGGCAGACUGGAGGCGGCCUCUGCAAGAAAUGGAGUCAGGCGAAGUCCACCUUGUAAGCUGCUGUGCGGCUUAGAAAUAAAGUGAAUCUCUUCCAAACUGC